AUGGUUGAUGCAAAGGAUCAUGGUUGUCAGGACCCCAGGUCACUCGAGCGCAGGGAUCACCUGGCUCAACGCUUCCUUGUGCAGGGAUUGGUGGAUCCAAAGCUGGAACUCCGUGGGGUCCCAGUGGGUCAGCUUGGAUUGGAGACAAUGCAUUCCGCCAAUUCACGGGUCACUGCCCUGCCAGAUAGCGACCGCCGCAUCGAUAGCCAACAGCCAGCUCGGGCGCCCGACCAACCUCCCGAUUCCACACUCAAAGUCAUUCAUGCUCCCAAUCCCACACUCCGCCCGCCCAACCUGGAGCUCCUAGGCUUCCGUAGACGCGCGGGCGGCGGCGAGAAGGACGCAGCCUUAGCCGGACUGCCAAAGCCCUGCGCAAAGGAACAUGCGUCCGAUGCGUCCGGCAGCAGCGGCAGUAGCCCUUCGUUUACGACCUCCUCCGAGACCCUCUCCGUCAGCCCCGAUCACCCCAGGAGCCGGUUGAAGAUGCGCGUCGCCAUCCGCGAGCAGCUGGCCGCCCUGGUCAUAUUCUCCGUGCUGGUCGCCCUGGCCAUCGUUGCGAUUCCGACAUGGAUCUCCGUCAACAACUUUGUCAUUGGCGUGCGCUCCGACGGCCUCGCCCUGACCGCGUCGCUUAAGGCUGCCCGCAUCUCGAGCGAGAUCGAGCUGAUCCAGACUGCCUGCCAGACCAUCUCGACCCGCGUGCAGCUGCAGAAUGCCCUGUUCGAGUUCUACAGCAGGAAUUACCACAACAUUACCGACAAGGAUGACCCCUUCCAGUAUGCUCGCGACGACCUGGUAACCGCCUUGGGCCGCACCGGCUUCUCGAGCCUGCUCCAGGCUCGUCUGUACUCGCGCAACACUACUGGCCCAUCUACCGGCUUGUUGAACGUUACGGGCAUCGGAGCUACCGACGGCGGUCGCAUACUCCUCCCCUACAAGGCUCCCGACGGCUCGGAUGUCUAUCUCGGCGACGAGCCCUGGGGCUAUCCGCCGCAGCUGUAUCCCAACGUCACCUACCGCGAUUUGGACCGCCCAAGCGCCUACUUCAACAAUACUUCCGCCUUCUCCGCCGAGGUAUUCCCCGGCGUGUCGCUCGGCAACGGCAGCAGCUACAAUGGUGUCUUGCUCGGGCCCCUGGUCGUCAACUCGUCCUUUGCCCUGAUCUCUAUCACCACCCCUGUUCGUUACACCGGCAACGGCUUCAUCCUGGGUUACAUGACCCUUGUGGCCAUGGCCAAGACUCUGGUUGACGUCCAGACUUCCCGCGAGGGUUUGGGUCGGACUGGCGCUGUCCUGUUUGUUGGCUCUACGAAUGUCUGGAACCACUUCAACGACUCGGUGGCCGCCAGCAAUGCCACCUGGACCCCUCCUGAGGAGGAGUUUGAGCGUCAAAAAGUUCACUUUUUGCUGCCUCCUCCCGACAUACCAGGAGAGUCAAGUCGACACGAGCAUCGGCGAUUCUCAUCUGGCCGAUACGACCAGCCAUUUGAGAUACGACAGUUUCCCAUCGUACGAAACGUAUUGGGCCGACAGAACGACGAGCCGAACAAUGCAACGAGCAUCUUAUCGAGUACUAAUGAACAGGGGCGCACAGUAGCCGUCGGCGCCGCCCGACCACAGACCUCUCUAGUCUCAUGGGCCGUGGUCGUUGAGCAAGACGAGAGCGAAGCGUUUGAGCCGAUGCGAAAGCUACGGACCAUCCUCCUGGGUUGUGUCUUUGGGACCCUCGGUCUGGUGCUCCUGAUCACUUUUCCGAUCGCCCACUGGAGCGUCAAGCCCAUCACCCGGCUCAAGAUGGCCACGGAAAACUCCAUCGCCCCUCCUGGCUACGAGCAGGACGACAAUGAGUCAUGGUGCGACAUCGAGAACCGUCAUAGCAAUGGCGGCUGCACGACUUCAGGCAAGUCCGAGAAGAGACCGUGCCCGAUCGAGCGGCUGCGAAGGAAGCUGCGCCAUCGCCGCAAAACCAAGCUGCGGCAGGAUAUGGCGGCUAUCGAGUCGAAACGCCGCGCUUUCAAGAUUCCUGCCCGCGUCGAGGUCGGCAAGCACCUGGUAACGGAUGAGUUGACUGAGUUGACCCAGACCUUCAACGCGAUGACCGAUGAGCUGCUCAAGCAGUACACCUUGCUCGACGAGAAAGUCGCCGAGCGCACUAGGGAGCUUGAGAUCAGCAAGAAGGCGGCUGAAGCGGCCAACGAGAGCAAGACUCUUUUCGUGGCCAACAUCUCGCAUGAGCUCAAGACGCCGCUCAAUGGCAUCAUGGGCAUGUGCGCCUACUGUCUAGCGGAGAACGACAUCGGCAAGAUCAAGAAGGCCCUCAACACCAUCCAGCAGUCGGGCGAGCUGCUGCUGCACCUUCUCGAGGACCUGCUCAGCUUCUCCAAGAACCAGAUCGGUCAGCAAAUUGCCCUGGAAGAGACUGCCUUCCGUCUGAACGAUCUGCGCCAGACGAUCUUGGGCACCUUCCGGCAGCAGGUCAAGGACAAGAAGGUCAACUUCAGCGUCACCUUCGUCGGUAUCGAGGGCGCCGACGCGGGAGAGGCCAUCGGCGGCAAGAAGCUGCCUGCCCUGGCCCCUGGCGGCAUUGGUCGCCUCAAGGACAUGACCGUCUGGGGCGACCAGCACCGCAUCAUGCAGGUCAUCAUGAACCUGGUCAGCAACAGCCUCAAGUUCACGCCGCCCGGCGGCCAGGUCAGCGUGAGGAUACGCUGCUUAGGCGAGGCAGAGCAGGGCAGUGAUGACAGCCGCGCGUCGUCCUUCUCACGGUCAGGGUCCGGCCGCGGCGGACGAACCCGUCAUCGCAUGGGCUCGACGAGUGUCGGUUCAGGUAGCGCGCCGCCGCUGAGUGUGGUGCCGACCCCUCCAAGCGGCGGCACUGCGCUGGCGAUUAACCCGCUGGAGCCGAAGACACAGCACGUUUCUGUGCGCGAGCGGUCGCCGACACCGCCGCCGCCGAAUGCGAAGACGUAUCUGUUCGAGUUUGAAGUCGAGGAUACCGGGCCGGGUAUUCCCGAGUCGAUGCAUGAGAAGAUUUUCGAGCCGUUUGUGCAGGGCGAGCUCGGCCUAAAUAAGAAGUAUGGUGGUACUGGCUUGGGCUUAAGUAUUUGCUCGCAGUUGGCCACGCUUAUGGGUGGCCAUAUCACGCUGCGGAGUCAACUGGGUGUUGGGACGACGUUUACGAUGCAAAUUCCGCUGAAAUACGUCAAGGAUCGCAGCACAUCCAGCAGCCUCAAGUCGCGGCCGGGAAGCAUCGGCUCGGUCGACGCCAUCACCAACGGCCCGCCGUCGAAGCGCAACUCGGCUGAGAUGCAAUCUCCCCCUAGUCUCGACCAGUCCUCUUCACGACUAAACAGCCUCACCCAAGCACUCUCCAAUUGCCCCAAGCGCAUGAGCAGCACAACAAGUAGCAGCAGCACCCUCAGCAAAGAAGAACAACAAAUGGCAGCCCUCACCCAGGCCCUCACCAUCAAACCGUCCGAGAAGGGGGGGAAGCUCCGCGUGCUUGUCGCCGAUGACAACACUGUCAACAUCGAGGUCGUCUCGCGCCUGCUCAAGCUCGAGUCCAUCUACGACGUAACCAUCGCCAAAGAUGGGCAAGAAGCCUACGAGCUCGUGAAGAAUGCCAUGGAAACUGGCGAGCGAUUCGACGUCAUCUUUAUGGAUAUCCAGAUGCCCAACCUGGACGGGUUACAAUCGACUCGGUUGAUCCGCGCCUUGGGUUACAACGCGCCGAUCGUCGCGCUGACGGCCUUCUCGGAGGAAAGCAAUGUAAAGGAGUGUAUGGAGAGCGGCAUGAAUGAGUUUUUGAGUAAGCCGAUCAGAAGGCCGGCGCUCAAGCAGGUGUUAGCGAAGUUCUCCACGAUAUUGGAGGAGCCCGGAGAGAAUGGCAGUGUGCAUGUGCAGUCACCUAACGGGGGCACGCCAGCACGGACCCCUGAGGGGGAGAGGGGAAAUCCAAUGGAGAAGGGGGCGAGUACCGUGAAUGGGAAUGGAUCUCCGUCUGAUGGAAACUCAAACUCAACGUCAAGUUGA